CGUCACGAAUUCGCUUCACCUAGUUGUUUAUUGAAUCAACCACAAAUUUGACCUUCCCAAACCUCGCGGUUUUGACAUUAAUAUCAUGCCUCCUAAACGCCCACCUUGCGCGAAUCCUCUGUUUCUCAAAAUAAUUGAGGACCUACGAGAUGCCCAAGAGCCAGGUGUGUUUGAAGUAUCGAGUAAGAAAACUUAAAAGUGGAUUGAAUGGGUUCUCAGAAUCCUAUCGGUAUAUGGCUUACAACAAGGCUGCAUGGAGUAUGAAAAGAUAUGCGGAAGUCUUGCACCGGCCAGAAGAUGCUCUCAAAGUACCUCAUGUAGGACCAAGAGUCGUGGAGGAGCUCAAAGCGAGGAUGGCAUCUUCAAGUUCGAGUCUUCAAUGCAAGAGCUUCGCGAAGUCUGAGAAGGCGCCCAGUCGACCUAAGAAAUCCAAGCCAAGCGCGAAAAUCCUAGCCGUGCCAUCGGCCCCAAUUGCUAGUUCUGUGUCUUCCUUGGCCCCAGCUCGGAAUCUGGACCAACCAUCUUUGACAAAAGGCGACAUCUUCCCAUUCUGCUAUUUGAGCUAUGAUAACAAUCAGAACGAAAUUCAAGUAGAGCAUAGGUAUACAGCUCAUGUUGAGAUAGAUUUGACCUCGGGCCCAGGGCUCUUCAUCGAAUUUCCUCGCUCAUGUCAGCAUCCAGUCCUUACCAAGAUCAUAUCGAAGAUGCCUCAACCUAAACGAACGAUAGGGUAUCUGCCUAUGGAUAUCGCUGAUCUCCAUUUCGCCAAAUCCACCUUACCUUUCGAUUGGAUCAGUCACAUCCCUGCCCCUACAAUCUCUGAACCUUCUGCAGUCAAACGUCCUGUUGCAGACAUCCUUGCUGCAGAAAACGCCCAAAUGCUCAAAAAGCGUAAAGGCGGUGGUCUCGAUCCUUCUCGUCAGCAAUCCAAAUCCACUGCUGGUAGCUGGACUAUAUCGACUUCUGAGUCAACCGGGAACGCUAUUCGACGUGCUCAAAUGAUGCCUCCCCCGUCUACAGUUCCUCGAGCUCCGCAACAGUCAAUCGCAUCAUCUAGCAAGUCAGCUACACGUCGCACGGAUUCUGCUCCUGCGGAUACUCAAAGAACCAAUAGAGCUCGUCCUCGCCUAUCCCAUGCUAUCCCUCUUCCGACCGUUGAGAUGGAUAUUGAUAUAGAGGAUCCAUAUGCUUCGACUGACCGUUUUGAGUUGGAAGCUUUCGAUCCGAUAGUCAUUCAAAGCCAUGAAUACGAUAUAGUGCUCGUCCUUGACAACAGAGAGAUUAAGAGCGGUAGGGAUCGCAGUGGAAUCGCUGAUGGACUCCGUCGCCAGGGCGUGGUAGUGGCUCAAAGGUCUCUGAACAUCGGGGACUUGUGUUGGAUUGCGAAGCGAAAACCCCAAUAUUGCAAUAACUCAGAAUACGAUGAAAUAGUGCUGGACUGUAUUCUUGAACGAAAGAGGUUGGAUGAUCUGGUGCAAAGUAUCAAGGACAAUCGAUUUCAUGAUCAAAAAUUCCGACUCCAUAAUACUGCCAUCACUAAAGUUUACUAUUUGGUGGAGGAAUACAAGCUCACGGAACGAGGCUGGGAGGAACAAGAUAAGAGCACCUAUGAACUGGCUAUUGACACGGUCCUAUCACAAACUGCUAUCGCAGACAAGUUUCAAGUCAAGGAGACGAGGUCCAUCAAUGACACGAUUGACUUCUAUGUAAGCUUGAAUCGGCAGGUCGUUUCCAUGUACAAGAACAAAGACCUCCACAUCGUUCCUUCUCGCUUGGUCAAACGAUACAGCUACCUCAUGUUCCAGAAAAUGCUUCGUAGAAAAUUUCCUGAGCGGUCUUAUUUAUUGGCUUAUACAACUUUCCAUGACCUCAACCACAAAUCUGGCUUCAUCACUGUUCGAGAAACAUGGGCAAGGAUGCUUCUCUGCAUCAACGGCGUCAGCGCAGAAAAGGCAGGUGUCCUGAUCCAGAAAUUUCCGACUCCGCAGUCAUUGUAUAGGGCUUGCAAACAAGCUGAACAACAACAAAAGGAGGAUGACGAAGAUGAGAGGGUUGCAAAAGCGCGCGGGGAAAAACCGAGAAGGAAGCAAGACAUCUUUAUUGCUAAAGAGUUCCUGAAGGACCUCGGGGGAAACAGCGAGAGGAAGAUUGGACCGGCGCUGAGCACAAGGAUUUUCGAUUCCAUGAUGCAAUAGCGCACUUCGGACUAGCUUGUGAUUAAUGUUGCUACUGUUCUUGUAAUUUUUUGUAAUCGAGUAAUAUGGUAUGUCUC